AUGUUUCUCUAUUUUCUUUCCCCCCACUGCUCCUGCGCGAAGACCCGCAAAAAGGAUGUUGCCAACAUAAAAGACCACCCAUUCUUCAAUGGAAUAAAUUGGGAAGAGCUGCAAGUGAAGAAGCCUCCCCCCCCAUUUCAUAUACAUAAGAAGAACCCCGAAACCAUACAAAAAAAUAAAAUGGAGCUGGAAGAAAUCACAGACCGAACAAAGUCUGUUAAAGCCAAGGAUCAGGAAAAGUUUGUUGGUUUUUCUUUUGUCAGCGAAGAAUGGAGAACCUUGUAGAAAGGAAAUGAAAGACCUCAUAAACCAAGAAGAUAUUUUAUCUAAGGAACGUGGGAACCAGGAACAGAUCCACUGCUGAAUCAGAGCUGAACAGGAUGGACAUUAGAUUUUAACUUCUAUGCCUGUUCAGUUUUUUACAAGGGGGGGGCACUUUGUCCUGGGAGAGUGGUGAGAGAGAGAGAGAGAGAAAGGGAGAGC